AUGGCGACAGAAGACGCUAGCAGACCGCCGCCCGGAGGGCGAGACGCCCUCCAGGACGAGGCCACCCGUACCCGGGAUGCCUCGUCACACCCCGAGCUUCCCGUCGACGAAGAGUCGGUGACGGCCGCCGAGUCCGACACCACCACGGAGCAGAGCACAUCCUCCAACGGCUACACCUACGGGACCGCCGCCGGACCGCCGCCGCUGCCGCCGCCACCGAAGCCCGUCGACGACGACGCGCACGGCAUGGUCAGCCGACGCAUAGACAGCGUCUCACCUUAG